AUGCCUCUAGGGGCAGCUGUGAGGGACGAGAGGGAGGCAGGAGAGCAGGUGGCCGACACCUGCUGGGCUUCCCCACGGGACCUGGCCUCUGGCCUCCUGCCACUGCUCCCAGAGCCAAAACGGGGCGGGCGUCCAGGAGGCCUUGGGCUUGAGCUCCAUUUAGAGCAGCAGAACUCUGGCCCUGCCAGGUCUCUCUCCCCAAGGUCCUGCCAGGACUCCCUCAGACAUGGGGGGCCUUGGGCAUCUGAAAAACUGCAAGGGUCCCAGCCCCUUCCCUGGGCACCUGUCACCUCAUCCUCCCUGAGGCAGCCCCAGUCCUGCGAGAGGGCACCCCGCUGUCCCGACCCCGAGGGCGCGUGGAAGGGAAGGCCUGGGCUCGCGCCCCACCUGUGCAGGCGUGGGUCUGGCAGACUCUCAGUGUCUUGCAGAUUGCCGGGAGCCACUUCCCUGGCUGGUGCUGGACCUACCGCAGGAGGACCUGGAGGAAGACGCCCCAGGAGCCAGCCUGUGGCCCACCACGGUCACCUUGCUCACCCUCUUCCUACUGAGUCUCUUCUACAGCACAGCGCUGACCGUGACAAGUGUGCGGGGCCCAGCCGACAGCAGAGAGGGCCCCCAGUACUGAGCAGAAGCCAGCCAGGCACACAGGGAGGAGGCUGGAGGAGCUUCUGGGAAGCCCAGCUGGAUGUCAGAGCUCAGCGCUGCUCAGAAACUGCCCGCCCACCCCCACACACAGGCCGUGCUGGCACAAUAAACUGAUCCCAAAGGCAAA